AUGGCUUCUAAUUUGGCAGCCCAGUUGUCGGCAAUUGCGGCGACUUCAACGAAUACACUCAAUACCCAAAAGCUUAAGUCGAUUCAUUCCGUUUCCCUGCUUUUCCCGCCAUCUGUCGCUGCUGCGCAAGACACAGAUACCAUUUUCUCCAUUGCAAUCGAAGGGUUCCGAGAAUUAUGUCAACUGGAUAGGAGAUUUAUGCUCUAUGAGAAGGGUCUGUUUAGCGAGCAUUCAAAGAAUGUUGAUAGAUUUGUUUUGUCGCAAACAUCAGCGGAAUCUCUUAGCAGGAGCAUCGAUGGUUUCCUACAGUUACUUUGUGGGCGAAUGCUAUUGCAACCCGCACUGAGGGCUCUGGAGUGGCUGGUUAGGCAGUUUAGAGUACAAGACCAGAAUACUGUAUCGCUAAUCUUGUGCUUCUUGCCGUACCAUGACCACCCAAAUUUAUUCAAGACUAUGCUCUCUAUUCUCCGUCAGAAGGAUCUCCCUAGAGAAUUUAUUUUCCUUACACCCUAUCUCAAGAGGCCGUCGCCGGUGCCAAAGCAUGUUAUCACCCACGCACUUUCCCACCAUAGGGACUUGUUCACACUCCUAUGCGACCACACGACCAACGCGGUCUCUACAAAACGGGAUAGCCACCAAUUGGUGUCGUUUUUCUCAGUGGCGAUUACAGCGUCGGUUUCGUUGAUGUGCGAUUCACUUUCAUCCAACAAAUCCGGCAGGGCGAAGAAUGUGCCAACUGCAGAGAAUAUUCUCACUUGUACACUCCCCCUUCUAGAUCAGGCAUUUUCGGCCAGAUCUUCCCCCGAGCUAGAGACAGGUUGCCACAUGCUCACUAUCGUUCUUGUUACGAAAUUGAGUUUGACGGACACUGUCCUGACGGCGAUCAUAAAGUCAAUUGUAAAUCAUUGGACUGUUGGAUCGUAUAAGACCGGGUUGACCUGUAUGGCUUAUAUAGCACAAUCGCGGUUUAGGGAUGACGUAGAGUUACCGGAUGAGGUUAUUAGUGCCCUGCUGAAACUCGAUAAGCCAGAGCUUGGGAAUAGGGGAUUGGAUGAGGCGCUCCUAUCCAUGCAAGUGAGGUACAGAGUGGAUAGGCUAGUGGUUGCGCUCUGUUUGGGUGUCCUUAAAAAAUUAGGAGAAAUGUACAACGCUAAGGGACUUAGGAUCAUUAUAUCGCUCUUGGAGCGAGCAAAGAUGGAAUCACACCAGCGGUUAUUAGUGACCAAGAAGCUUGUCGAGGUUGCUCAGAAAGUGGGCAGCGCAGCGAUGAGUGGAGGAAAUACCGAUGAGAUCAGAGAAUUACUAGCUGAGACUUUGGUGAAUUGGGCUGGUCCGGCACAUGAAGGAAAGAUUGGAAAGAGUCUCACCCAAGCUAUGGCUGAUGUGAUUGAUGUCGAUGAUCUCGAAAUGCGAUUGCAAACUGUGAUUCGUCCGCUUCCUGCUGCUGCUGUCCCGGGACCGGCAAAGAAGGCGAUCAAAGAAACAUCUGUCCAGGCUCAAACACUUGAAGAUAUUCUUCUUACUAUACCGAACAGUACCGGUGAGAAAUCAAUCCUAGCACCCGAGGCCAAGAUGCUCCUUCAGGACCUCCUUCGUUUCUUCGCCACGGCAGUCUUAUCCGGGAGGCAAGAGGAAUUCAUCAAACUACGAUUAUUCAAGGGAUUGCCGCCCGAUAACCCCCUCCAGAUCUCGUUUCUAAUUGAAUGCUGGGCUUCUUACAAGUAUCCCGUAUCUAUGCGGUCCUCCGCAUUGGCGGUAUGUGCAAAGAUCAUACAGAAACAGGCUUCUAAGACUGUAAGCAUCGACUACCAAGCGGUCCUUCCGCACAUCUUGAUUGCACUUGCGGAUCCAAACCGAAGGGUUCGCAGCCAUGCUGUUGACUUAACUAAGGUGCUUCUCGAGUAUUACAAAGGAUUGCAGCAACCCGUGUUGGGAGAUAGGUCGUCAAAGAAAAAGAGGAAGCGUUCCUCUCGAGCCGUGCCGUACUGGGGUCUUGGCGCUAUCUAUGGCGAGGGGAGGGACAGCGAUGAAGUAAGAUGGCUAGAGUUGGAUCAAGUCAUCAAGUUGAUGGAGCACAUUACCGCUAAUGAUCUUUUUGGGUGCAUUGAAGACCCAGAAUAUAUUGGAAAUGUGUUGGCAAUAGCUGUGGGCACUGGUGAAGGCAUUGGUUCUAGCCUCAAGGGCUCGCUCAAGAGAAGCAUUUUUGUGUUUCUCAGCAGCCAUGCGGUCAACGCUCCGAAGCUGGAGAUUCGGUACCGGCUCCUUUCACAAAUUAACAAAAUUAACCUUGCUGGGGAUAUCCGAACCCGAAACUUGCUUCCUGCACUAACCGACUGGCUGUCUGUUGAGGACUACAACGAGCGGGUCAAGCAAUGUCAGACAGAACGCUUAGAUAUGGUGGCUAUUGAGAAACAAAUGGUUCAAGUGGUGAACGCCGACGAACCCAGGAUCCUAAUCGAUAUCCUGACGAAGGAUGUCAGUUGCUCUCUCCUUGAGGCUGCAGCCGAUCGCAUCGGGGACAUAUGGAGUGCGAUUGAAUUGGAUGUCCAAAUCGAGAUUGCUACGGGGUUGCUUGAGAUCGAGCUGGAUGUGGCACAGGAUUUAUCAGGCGUCGAUGUUCUGGAAAGGUUGAGGAUUCCUACGGCAGCCUUUCAAAAAUUCUUCGACAAAGCCCGGACCCAACUCCAGGUGUUUUCAUCCCACAUCUCCGUUGAGCCCGGUAAGAAGAGAAGAAGAGGGUCCGACGGAACGAGCAACGAGGCAAAGACUGAAGAGCAGGAAGCCGCACGUAGAAGGGCUACAGUUGUGACAGAUCUCUUGUAUGCACAGGGUGCUGAGAGGCAUGGCAGUCUCUUAAAGUCUCUCUUCGGUAUUCUGGCGGAUCUGGCGGGUUCUCACUUUUCGGGGAUGGCAUAUUUGAAUCAGGUUUUGCUUGACUGCAUGAGCUCUAUUGUGACAAAUAUUCAGCGUUCCGGUGAUUCUGACAUCGACGAUAGCGUGAGACCAGAUGUCCUUGUUGAAUGUAUCCGCGCAGCAGCGGCCCCCCAAGUUCAGAAUAGAGCGAUCCUCCUGUUAGCAAACCUGGCAGAUGUGGUUCCAGAGCGGGUACAGCACAGCGUCAUGCCAAUCUUUACCUUUAUGGGGGCGAAUACCCUCCGAAGAGAUGACGAGUACUCGGCAUUUGUUAUCGAGCAAACCAUAAAACGAAUCAUACCACCACUAGUACAGUCUCUUCAAUCACAAGAAGGCAACAAAGUCGUUGGGAUAGCGGAGUUGGUAAAAACCUUUGCGGCAAGCUACUCCCAUAUUCCCUCACACCGCAGAGUGCGCCUGUUUGUUGCAUUGACAAAAACAUUGGGUGCGGAGGAGUUUCUCUUUGCUGUUAUCGCAAAGCUAGGUGAAAAGUACCUAUCUACUAAUGCUGAGCAUCCGACUGGGGAGGAAGCCGUUGUUACUUCUGCAUGCAAGAUGAUUGUGGAGAGCUUUGACAUUGAUGUUCAGCUUGAGACUGUCAAUCGUUACUUGGAUCUAGUUACGGAGGUUCUUAGGUAUAGGAAGCAUGGGUUGCCGAAACACCUAUUCGAAAUCGACAAGAGUGAUAAAUUCCAACUUGCAGAGAGAUUGCUUAACUUACUCUUCAUUGUUAUCGGAAACAAGAAGCUCCAGGAUUACAUUGCCAAGGUGGAUGACAGCGAUGACAUGCGCAGAAAGAAGUUCUCCGAGGCGUUAGAGAGGGUCCUUGGCCUGUUAGAGUGGGGUUCUGGAAGCUAUGUGUACGAGCCUGCCUCCCGUGUUCUUAGCUGUCUGCUUUACGGCCUACACAUUCCCCGAUUUAUCUCCAUCGUUGAACAUCUUAUCUUCAACCCCGAAUCCGAUUUCCGCGGCGAUGCUUUGAAGAUGUUCAGAGAUCGCCUUACGAAUAUGCACAGAAUCGAUAGCGCCUCUACGAAGGCUAUUGUUAGCUUCGUGCCUAAAAUAAGUACUCUGAUUUCUGCUCACGAUCCUGACAAACUGAGCACAGAGGCUAUCGUAUGCAUCACUAGUAUCAUCAAACAUUGCCGAUCCGAAAUGCCCACCGUCGUCGCAAACAUUGCCGAUGCGGUUGUUGGUCACGGAGGACUGCACAGCUCUGAUGACUCAACACAGGCUGUAUCCUUGGUGUGCCUCACCAACCUAGCAGCCAAGUUCAAGGUGCACCUUAUCCCAAUUCUACCAAAGGCGGUCCCCCGUAGUUUGGAACUUUUGGAGAAGGGUUUUCGCAGUCAGCACGAGGUCUUUCAUAACUAUGCAAUUGCGUUCUUGGAGGAGUUGGUCAAGAACCUUCCUGGCUUUAUGACGAGCUGGCUGGAGAAGAUCAUGAAGUUGAUGUAUUUUUCUGCAGCUGACAUAGAGGAGGAGGACGAAGUGGGUGUAAGAGUUGGUUUUUUGAAGACUAUUGGUCAAAAAAUGCAAUUAGAUUCUAUACUUCGUGUUUAUACUGCGACGUGGGAUCAGGCUAUUGAGGGGGGUGAUGUGAGCUCAUCUAAAGGGGAUGAGAAGCGCUCAAAGGCUACGAAGAGGCUAUUCCGGACAACAGAUAGCUUGAAGCCUCUUCUCGACCUAAUGCUACUGCUCCUCGAUCUUCGUAGAAGAUUCCUCGAUCUUAGUGAGACCGUGGAUAUCGAAGAAGAGAGAAUCCAAGAGCUAGAGGACCAGGCCCUCAAAGUCAUCCUCAAGUUCGUAUACCGACUCAACCACGGAAACUUCAAACCCAUGUUCCUCCGAAUUAUCGAGUGGGCUGUAGAGGACCUCAGCAAGGGCUCGGAAACUAGCAUCAACCGAUGCAUUGCACUUUGGAACUUCUUAUACCUACUCGGUAGCGAUUUAGAGUCAAUCUUCACCAGCUACUUCGGUCUCGCCCUUGAUAACGCCGUCGAUAUCCUCACCAAUGACACCAUCUUCGCCACUCACCCUCUCCUCUGGAAAUCCACUCUGAAAGCCCUGCGUGUGGCCUUCAAAUCAGACGACCACGACUUCUGGCAAUCGCCCACAACCUUUGGCAAGAUCGCUCCUGUUCUCACCGCCCAACUAGCCCGUGCCGCCACCUCCGCCCCCGCUGUACACGAAUACGUAUACCCCGCCCUGACAGAACUAGUCGGUGCGAUACAGGGCUCUGAAGAGCACGCGAGGGCGAUCAACGGAAAGGUGCUGGAGCAGAUGAAAGCCGAGGAUGCAAUGGUCAGGAUUGCGGCUGCUGAAGCAUUGAGGGAUAUUUACGCACAGGCUGGGGAGGAGUGGUUGAGCUUUUUGCCAGAGAGUAUGCCGAUAAUUGCAGAGCUUAUGGAGGAUGAGGAUGAGGGUGUUGAGACCGCGGCGCAUUUGCUGGUUGUGGGGAUUGAGCAACAUCUGGGUGAGGGGGAAUUGCAAGCUAUGUUUACUUGAUAGAUAGGGGGAGGGGGUUGACAAAAGUUGUUUGUACCUUUUUUCCCCCUCAGAAUCGGUGAGUGAGGGCGUGUUAUUAGCGGUGUUAAUUGUUUAUGCUAUUUUCUUACGGGUGAAUGGAUGGAGUUAUCAUCGGUAGUGUCGUAUUCAUGCCUUGUAUCGCUUAGAUAUGCUUAGCAAUGCUCUCUGAUACUUUAGAGUAUAUCAAAUUUAUGUUACUCUAUCGAUUGGACCAA